AUGGGUAUCAGACAAGCAGCACCCGGAGGUGGAACUCCUCGAGCUAGCAGGUCAGAAAAUGUCCAAGGGGUCCCAAGAAUUAUUGGCCACAGCACCAUCACCAGCGUCGCUGACAUGAAUAUCCGUCGAAAGUCAUCUUCCAGGAAAUGCAGGUCCCCAGAUGAGGGGAUGCAGGCGUUCAAACAAUCGUAUUUCAUCAAUCAACCAUCAAGGGACACCCGGGAAGAGAAUGAACCAGCUUUCUCCAUUCACUCAGCGCACAAGCCGAGCCUCUUCACCAGGAAUGGUGAAGAACUCCAUGACGACUGUGUCCUCUGGUGUCUGGUAAUCUCACCUGCUGGCUGGGCAAUCUAUGACUACAGGUCAUCCUUGGAGCUUCUCACAGCGCUUCAUGAUGCAACAGAGGUGCAUCGAUCUCUUCACCUGGAUGGGAACAUUCUUCAUCAGGAUAUUUCAGAAAACAAUAUAACAAUAUCCGAACCGAUCCUCAAAUGGCGGAAGGUCACUGAGGCAUGCUAA